CACUCACUCACUUGCCCUCUCUCGAUGCGAUUGUUUACACGGACUCGAGGAAGUUCGCGUCGCUCUGCUUGUGUUGUGGACUCUCUUGACACGAAGCUGCACGAAGCGCGUUACCUGGGCUCGCAUCCCCGGCUGGAGCACUGGGCCUUUGUGUCAUUAUACGAGGUAUGAAGACGGCGGAAUGCCCGCAGGCGGUAACAGUCGUUUCCGCGGUUACUCUGCGCGGAUGUCCGAGCGCCAACAGCUCGCGCUCCUCUUGCAAAUGACUUCUCAGGAGAUGACAUCAGGUACAUCAGGUCGAUCUGAAAGUACAAUUCCUUUGAGCAAUGCAAGAUCAUCCCCGCUGCAUCAGAAAGCUUCCAAGAGUCGUUGGUCAAAUAAAAAUGCCGAUUUACUGGAUGUGAAUACAACGCUUACUCGACAAGACGAGCGUUUGCGCCUUGUAAAUGGAUGUAAUUCAAAGGAACAAAAUGGCUCGGAUUCGCCGGACGAGGUAAGGACGGCCACCGGGGCGGAGAGCCCCGUAGCCGCUGGCUCGCCCGCCGAGUGCGCUGCCGCCGAGCGCAACGACCCGGACGUGCCCUCGUCGUCGACGUCCUCGCAAUUGCAGGCAGGCCGCUUGCUACAGCACGCCGAGGGCGCUGGGACCCCCUAUGAGAUGCGCAGGACACCGCCUCAAAACAAAGUGGACAGACAGGCGACGGGAGGUAGUGGACAGCAGCAGCCUGGAGGCGGAAGCUCGGGUCGCGUGACCCUACGGCUGAAUCAGGUGCGCGCCACGAGGGAUGAGAAGAAGGGCACAGCAGGCGCUCAGGGCACGAGCGCCGCCGUCGGAGGCCAAGGGAACGCAUCCUCGCGCCAGUCAGCAGGAUCUUCCUCGUCGCUGGUGAGUCCCGUGAAUCGCUGCAACAACUCGUCGUCGUCGUCGUCGUCAUCGUCGUCGUCGGCCGACGGGGGCGACGUGUACGAGUUCAAGAGCUCGAAGGAAGCUACGCCCGUUAGAGGCUCGAGCUCCUCGCCCAAUCCUAAUCCCGAAAAGGACAAUAAGGAUGGCGCGUCCGCGGCGUUAUCGGCUUCCUCCGCUAAUAGCCAGGGGAGCGGAGUUGGUGCCGCCGGGGUUGUCGGUAGCGCUGGACCGGCAGGUGUAUCCGGUAACGUAGGCCCAAAUAUAACGAGCUCGUCGGUGGCCUCGUCGACGAUAAGCGGAGGCCCCGGGAUCGGCACGUCGUCCAGUUCCGGGUCGGCGGGCGCGGGGGGCGGUUCCGCAGCCGAGGCCCUUGCAUCCUCGGUGUCGAGUGCCAUGCCCGAUGAGCCAAUGAUCACCACAACCUCACCCGCCGUCUCCGUCACCGCGAGCUCCGCGACGAAACGAGCAUUCGACAGCGAGAGCGCCCAGGCAGACGAGCAAGACGAGGAAGGCCGCAAGAGGAAGAAGAAGGAUACGGAGCCUGGAAAGGAUACGGCUGGUGGUGUCAAGGCUGCUGCCAGCUGUAGGCAAGCCGCGAGCAGAAGUAGCGCUGCCAUUGCCGAAAAAUGUACCAAGUCAGGGAAGCAAGCAGCCGGAGCGAUGUCGGCGAAAGGCGGCCAGAAUAGCAGUUCCGUGAAUACCGACCGCAAGAGCCCAAGCGCGACCUUGAGUGCGAAUAGCCCGAAGCCCUCCAACUCCUCCGCGGGCUCGACCGCGAAUAAUCCCAAGGGAGGCACGCCGUCGAACGCGGAGUCCGACGGUGAGGACGAGCGCUCCAAGAAUUCGGACUGUAACUCGGCGCCGAAAGUGCCGCCCCUUAAAAUCGUCAUACCCCAAAGCACGACGUCCGAGCAAGAGCAGGGCAACCGCAACGGGAAGAGCACCUGCAAUCGUGGCCACCAGCUGCCUUACGUCGUCGCGAGCUCGAACAGCAACGACUCGAUGGACAAGGAGCAGGGCGCCUCCGCGGCGGCGAGCGGCACCACGAGCCCAUUGGAGAACAGCGUAACGACGUCGAAGAGCGACGAGAAGAAGGACUUUAGCGGUGCCCUGGAUAACGAGUCUCGUUCGACGCACCAUCAGCGCGUCCUCAGAAGCUCCCACCGCUCGGGCAACGGGGCGAACAACGGUGCCACGGCCAGCCGCGAGGCCUCGAGCAGCCUAUCCGGGAACGGUAGCUACGCCAACUCGUCGCCCUUACCGGCUAACGCCGCGGAUCGGUCCAACAAUUCCUCCCCACAGCAGAGGCAUCACUCGCCAACGCCGGAAUCGAGCGGCGUGUCCGAGGCCGGCAAGUCCGCCUCGAUGGAUUCACCCGCCCAAAGCAGUCCGGCGAUCAAGUCGAGCAACGCCGCGGAUAAGUGCGAGAAGAGCGGCGAGGUGAAGAAAGAGGUCGGCGACACGUCGGACGGUAGCGCGAAGAAGGACAGCGGCGGCGAGACGCCCAACUCGUCCGCUCAAGCGCCCGUCGAGCUGCACCCGAGGAAACGGAAGAUGAAAACUAGCAAGGAAGCUCAGCAGGCCGCGGCGACGGCCGCUGCCAACGAAACACCCGAGGCUACGAGUACUGGACCAGAGAUUCAUCCGCACGACCAGCCCAUCACGAAUUGUUAUCAAUUAUUCUUGAACAUAAGGAAACAAAUCGAGCGAAGGCGGAAGGGUUUGUUCCCAGUUCAGCCGAAGCCACCACAGGGUUUCAAAGAUUAUCUAAUGAACCGCUGCACCUACGUUUUAGCUGGUAACGCUAAUAAAGAGCCGAAUAUCAAUCCGCCAGUUAAUCUGUUAACUCCGAUGAAGGAUUUGUACGUGGAUCAAGAAAAGGAACGAUAUAGAUUAAGAAUGCAGCACGUUGUGGAAAAGGAAAAACUAGUCUUGUCGGUGGAGCAGGAAAUUCUUAGAGUACACGGUAGAGCUGCUAGAGCUCUCGCCAAUCAAUCGCUUCCAUUUUCAGUUUGCACGAUUCUUAAAGACGAGGAGGUUUAUAACGUUAUAACACCUGAGCAGGAGGAGAAGGACAGAAAUGCGAGAAGUCGAUAUAACGGCCGACUAUUUUUAAGUUGGUUACAAGACGUCGAUGAUAAGUGGGAAAAAAUUAAGGAAGCGAUGUUAUUGAGACAUCACAAUGAAGCAGAAUCGUUACACGCCGUUCAACGCAUGGAUUGGGAAUGGAAAUUGAAAGAAGUCGGACUUUGCGAAUUCAAAGUUACCCCACAAAUAGAAGAUCUUCAUGUACCAAUGGUACACGUGUCCGAUGACUUUGAUCUUUUGCCAGCUUAAAAUUUUUGGACUGAAUUUGUAUCUUGAUAUCCCUUUUGCAUUAUAUCUGAUUAACAUGUUAUCUGUGAUCUUUCCCUGUAUGAUGUUGUAUAACGUAUGUUGUAUGCCUGUAUAGCGAUAAACCAUCAAGCACAAUGUUGCAUUUUGUCAAAAUCAUGUCAAAACGACUGAAGAUCAUGGUUAAUCAUAUUUUUUUACGCCACAUAUUAUCAAA